CGCGCGUCACUCGCAGCGGACCAAUGGGAGCGCCGGGGGUGGGAGGCGCGGCCGCGACGGCGGGGAGAUUGAGCGGCCGCCGCGACUCUGAAGCCCGGACGCCUGGGUCCUUCCCUCGGCCCUCUCCUCCUCCCGAGGGGAAGCAGCGGCGGAGCGAAAUGGCCCAGGAGGCCAUGGACGUGGAUCUCCAGCCAGCCGCCGCCGCCUCCUCCUCAGAGCCCGAGCAGCCCGCUGGCUCCCAGGAGGCCGCCCCAGCCUCCGCCCCCGCUGGAGACGAGGAGGCCUCGGUAUUGACGGGGCCUGCGGCGGCCGCGGCUUCCUGGGGCGCCUUUGCCGCAGAUUCGCGGAGGCCUCCUCGGGCCAGGAGGGACCCGCCUCGGCGGCGGCAACAGCGCCACGAAGGAGCGCGCGCUUCCCAACCGACGGCCCGAGCCAGGUCCACUGCCCCGUUGGACAGUUAUUUUCAGGUCAGCAGGACUCAAACCAUGGCAGCAUCUCGUCUCUCAGCAAACCCCAGUGGGCACAGCUCAGAUGGAACUGUGGUUCUAAGCGAUUCGGAUACUGGUGGCAGCAGUUCUACUGAGGUAGAGGAAGAGGAGGAGGAAGAGCCAGCAGGAGCCCUUGAUGAGGCACCUGGUUUGGAAGUCUCUAACUUGGCCCAAAUGGCACCUCCUGGAGAUAAUCCUGAUGAUCCAGAGUGCCCUAUCCCUAGAGGUGCAGCUGUCCAGCAGAAGAAGAAGACUACUCCGUUAAAGAGAACCAACCUAGCUGCACCUAUGGUUUCCCCAGAGGAGGAGGAGAGUGGCGAUACCUGUGCCAUCUGUUUUGAAGAGUGGACCAAUGCUGGAGAGCACCGUCUCUCUGCGCUGCGGUGUGGGCAUCUCUUUGGCUACAGCUGCAUUGAGAGGUGGCUGAAGGGGCAGGCGGGCAAGUGUCCACAGUGCAAUAAGAAAGCCAAGCGCUCGGACAUAGUGGUCCUUUAUGCUCGUACUCUGAAAGCUUUGGAUACCAGCGAACAGGAGCACAUGAAAAGUUCUUUAGAAAAGGAGCAAAUGCUACGAAGGAAGGCAGAGCUGGAAUCUGCACAAAGCCGUCUCCAGCUGCAGGUCUUAACGGACGAGUGCAGUAAACUUCGGCAGCAAGUCCAGGAAUUAAAAGCGCUGAUGGCCCGGCACAGCACCAGUUCCUCCCAGCAGCCCAGCAACUCUCGCUCUUGCUUCCCAGGCUGCCUCUCGCCCAGCCAGGGCCAGCACAAGUACCACUUUGAGAGGGCCUUCCUGGUGUCCCAGGUGGGCAGCUGCCGAGUGAUGGCCUACUGCGACCCACUGAGCUGCCUUGUUGUAUCGCAGCCUUCUCCACAGAGCAAUUUUGUCCCCGGCUGUGGAAUUAAGAUGAUGAGUGCCAUCAACUUGAAGAGUAGCCAGUACGUCCCCAUCCACAGCAAGCAGAUCCGGGGCCUGGCCUUCAGCAACCGGGCAGACGGCUUGCUCUUAUCUGCUGCUUUGGACCACACGCUCAAGCUUACAAGCUUGACGACAAACACCGUUGUGCAGACGUACAAUGCAGGCCGCCCCAUCUGGAGCUGUUGCUGGUGCCUCGAUGACACCAACUAUGUCUAUGCUGGGUUGGUAAAUGGCUCGGUCUUGGUGUAUGACCUGAGGGACACGAGCGCUCAUGUCCAAGAGCUGGCGCCACAGAAGUCCAGGUGCCCAGUGGUCUCCUUGUCAUACCUUCCUCGAAUGGCCUCUGCCUCCUUGCCCUAUGGUGGGCUGGUCUCUGGGACACUGGAAGGAGCCUGUUUUUGGGAACAGAAGGCCAGCGACUCUUAUCGGCCUCAUCACCUCCUCCUAGAGCCUGGAGGUUGUGUUGACCUUCAAACGGAGGCUAGCACACGGCACUGCCUUGCCACAUUUAGGCCCAACAGAAACCACAACUGCUUGCGGUGCGUGGUGAUGGAGCUGACCUCGACUCAGCUGACCGAAGCGGCUGAUGAUGUCGUCUGUUCGUGUCGCCCAGUUCAGACUCUUACUGCAGGCCCAACAUGCAAGCUCCUGACCAAAAAUGCCAUUUUCCAGAGUCCGGAAGAUGAUGGCAGCAUUCUUGUGUGUGCUGGGGAUGAAGCCUCCAACUCUGCCAUGUUGUGGGAUGCAGGAAGCGGCUCCCUGCUCCAGAAACUCCCUGCUGACCUUCCUGUGUUAGAUGUCUGCCCUUAUGAGGUGAAUCGCAACAGCUUUCUCGCUACCUUGACAGAGAAGAUGGUGAAGAUCUACAAGUGGCAAUGACCACAUGCGGCCUGUUUCCCUGGUGGGACACUCUCUGAACUGAGCCAGUUCUGCAGAAGCCAGCUUUAUUCUCACUGGACACUGUGUCUGCCUUGAAGUUGGAAGUGAAACGUGCCCAUAUUGCUAUACAAGCAAAACCAUGUACCUCAGGGUAAUUCCCCACCCCCAUUCCUGCUUGAUUCUUAUCCUCUCUCCCCUCUUUUUAAAAAUUCUAUAAGAGUUUCUUCCAACUCCCAACAACAAACAAGCUAUGAGUUCUUGUGGCUUUACUGUUUUCCUGACCUUUGCUGCCCUGGGUGGAUUUAUAGGGCCUUGUGUCUGGGAAGAGGUUUGGCUGCUGUUUUGUAUUUCUCGGGAGUCUUGCAGUGGCCCUUGCUAUAAAUAUGAAGAUGAUUGGCUCCACUCCUCAUGUCACCUAGAGGAGUCUGUGUCAAUACUCUUUAAGCCACUGUUGUUCACUCUUCUUAGUCCACCACCACAUCAUGGAUGAAGCAGAAGGUAGUCUGCAUUGCUGUUUCACCCCAUCUCUCCACAAGAAGAUGGUUUGCAGUUGGUUCCUCCAGCCUUGGUUCUCCUUUUGAUCAUGCUGUGGUUUGGGUAAAAGGUGGUAGCAAUGUCACCUGGGGGCUGACUGCUAAAUGACACUUUCAGUGGGAAACGGGGCAGAUGAAGAAUCAAGAACUUCAGGUACGAUUCUUACCUCCUUCAGCUCCUUUUUAAGAUUUCUUGCAAAGCUCCUGGUAAAGACUGGAUGGAAUGCUGUGCCCUAAACGAUCACAGGAACCUGAAACAGAUCCACGCUUGGUUUCUGCUGAAGCAGAAGUCUGGCUGCAAAGACUCUUUGCAGAAGAAACCACCCCACUUGAGUGCUGAUGGCAGUUUGUAUCUUCUGCUCUGGAUUAAAAUGGGAUUGUAUCUCUCUCUGUGUGCGUGUGUGUGUGUGUGCGUACGCGCUCUUUGAUAAAGGUUAAUAAUCAAGAAUGUUAUGCAAAAUGAAGACUGAUCUGCUCUGAAAACCUUGCUUGGUUUUGCCUGAAGCUGGUACAAAUUGCCCCUUUUUGUGCUGCCUGAACUGAUGAGUGUUUAAACCACAUACCAGCAUUCCUCAAGUGUGGCUCUCUGUCUUCAUUCACCUCUGCAACAAUGUACAUGUCUUCACUGAGCUGUCGUUUCUGUGUGUAAUCUGUUCUUUUUUUUUUUUUUUUUUACUCAAUGGUAAGAAUAAAAAGUGUCGUUGUAACCAUU